UUCAAACGUAAUAAACACUUUUCUCUUACUUCCGGUAUCUGUCAAAAGUUUUGAGUCUAGGUGGUCUAUUAGCUUUGAGGUGAUUUAUAUGGCAGUGAACUCAUUAAAUAUUUUUGGAUAUUAACCCUUUGACGCGUACAAUUACAGCCUACAUCUAGGCUGGUUCCUGGAGCGUACGAUCACACCGGUGUGAUUAGAAUGUUCAGUGUGUACCCCAUACCCGCUUAAUUAAGGGAACGCCACAGACAGAGAGAAGGAAAAAUGAUGGGUUGAUGGCAGAUAGUGAAGGAUAAAAUGUUCAUUGUUAAAGAAAAACCAGUUGAAAGGGUCUAAAAGAUUGAAUGUUGAACUGUUAAAUUGAACUGCCUAAAGAUGUAAUCAUUUAACAGGUUUGAGCUGUUUUAUGUUUUUACUUUAUUUUGUAUUGACAUUUGAAUGUUUAAGAGGUUGUUGUGUGAUGCAACUUUAAAAGUGUUUUAUGUGUUAUUGUUAAAUGCCAGUUUGCAUUUGUUCAAUGUGGAAAGUAAUUUUAAAACAUUUUUAUUGUUUGCAUUUGUGAAGAGUUUUGUCAUUCUUUAUUAGUAGUUGUGCAAACUGUACACUUUGACCUGUCUCUCUGUCACAAGGGUGGGGUUUCAGCAAAACAUCCGCCUCUGUUAUUCUAUUCUCUCUUUGUCCCUGCUUCUCUUCUCAUCUCCUCAAAUAUAAAGCUUUGCUUUCCUUAGCAACUCCAAUGGCAUCUUACACAGUGGUCAUUGUCCCUCUCAGGAGCAGUCCUAACAGUCUGGAUGCAUUGCAGUUCUUCCUCUGGGUGAAGAAGAUGAAGGACUUGGAGAGGGAAAAGGACUUUUUGUGGAUUGGAUUGCAGGCUUUAGAGCAGGUGCGAGAGAAGUUAUGCUCCAACCUAGAAGACAACAUGGAAGUGCAAGACCAAUUCAAGAAAGGAGAUAUGAGAAAAGUGUUUCCAGACCCCCCCACCCUACUGUUGGCUCAGAUUCACAGAGUGAACAGGACCUUGAGGAAUCUACUGUGUGACUCCAGGAAUCCCACUGAUCCUGCAAUAGAAGGUACUGAAGGACACCAGCCCUCUCCUACCUGUUCAGAAGAAAGUGCUUGUUUUUGAUCAGCUGUUUGUUUUGAAGUUCUGUACUGCAUUUUCCUGUAUUUUGUGCUUGCAGAAUGUAUUCGGAGUGGAUUGAAGUCAUUUUCUGUGCGAAAAAUUGCCUACUUGAUUAGAUUUCCAUAACAUAUGGCAUACAACUCGCACACUGCUUUGAAUGUUUUAUUCAAGAAUUCAAUGCACUCGACUCAACCUUCCAUUUCCAUUGACCUUCCAGGAAUGAAUGUACUGAAGGUAUAUUAACUGCCGUCUGCCAUUUAGUUUCUGAUACUAUUGGAUUAAAAAUGCAAAACACUUAUUUUUGCAAUGAUAACUUGA